CUAAGAUGGGGAUUGCACGAGGUGAGGAACAUUUCAGCUUGAAUAUUAUACAAUGCGUCUGUAAUCACUGUGAAUUGGCAUGAAGACAAAUGAUGACGAUUUCAUUUCCAUUAUUUUGACACGUUUGUUUAUGUGAAUUCAAACUAAAGUUUGACUUCCGAAGCCGCGAUUUCAAAUUCUUCGUCGUGCACCCCUGACUAGCUGGCUCCACGAUUGACCAAACUCUCUCAUCUCUUCCUCACAUGGUCUGCUCUAUGUCACCCUAGGAUGCCCCCGUUGUCAUAGCUACCCAUUUGAAUUCCACUCGAGGGCCUGGAGUGCAAUGUCAUUCGGUAGCCUCCUCAAUGUAUGCCCGACCCACCUCCACUUUCUUCUACAUAUUUUUGAGCGAUCGGCUCUUGGUUGGUUUGUUCAUCGCCAGAGAUUUUUGUUGCUCAUUCGUUCUGGCCACUUAAUCUUCUGUGUGGAGCCAACCAGCGAAGAUGGCAGCUACUGAUAAAGGCCUGCAACUUGUUAGAAAUCCUUUUCGUGACAUGCUGUCCAAAUUUCUGACUCGUACAGAAGAACCGACUUCACAUUGGUGUUGAAAAUGCGAAUCUUGUUCCUUAUGCUGAAUGUGGAAGAUUUCCAAAUUGGUUUCAGGUUGAUGAAGGCAUAUCUUGCCUUUGCGACUCUGAUUGGCUAGCUUUGACAUCUUCGUCCGUUACGCUUGUACUUGAAACGAUGCUUCCCAGAUAAGUGAAGGAAUAGCAGUAUAAUCAGUUGAGCAUUAUUAAGUUAACAUUAUUAAGUUUAACAAAAAAUUGUCAUUUUACACAAAAGUAGAACGAGCUUAAUUUUAUGAGGGGUUUUCGCCUCACCACAUUCUAUUAUUCACCCCUGUUAGCUUUUUAUGUAAUCUUAAAAGCUGUUUCGAGACCAAUCUUAUGACUAAUAUGCAUCUUUUAUAUUUAGUUUUAUUUUUGAUUACAGCUUGAUUCCAUACCGUAUUUUUUGGUACAAGUAUGGAAUUUUCAGCGUGGAUAUCGGUAGCCCAAAUUUCGCAGGCCGACCAUUGAGAUCACGUGUGCGUCGGCGUGAGCUCGAACACCGGACCAUGUGCAUGGUCGGUGAGAGUCCUAACCACUCUGCUACCGACGCAUAUUUUGUUUUGACGGUCUGCCACCUGUGUUUAGUAAGAUUUUAAAGUUCUAUUAUUUUUUAAGUCAUUUGAGUACAUGUUUCCCCCACUUUCAUGUGCAAGAAACGAUUACUCCAACUUAUCUACAUGAUAUGGCGGAAAAUCAUUCUCAUUGAUGGAAAUACGUUAACAUUUUGUGAUCUACUGGAUCUGUUAAAUCCUCAUUAUUCUCCAUGUAAUUAUUCUUUCUCUUUCACAUAUCUGUUUAUUUUAUUUUCUCAAUUUCUUGUAUUUGUAUGUGCAAGUUGAACUGCUUCACUUUCGCGCAAAGACCUACAUUGGAAAUACAGUUCCAGUCUCAUGUAUGUGUCCAUACAUGUAAAUUGGGAUGCUAUCGAAGUCUUUUGAAGGUUUUUUGGCAAAGUUAAACUUUCGACACCACUAACAACCAAUCAGCAAACGACCUUGAACGAGCCAAUUACAUUAAAGAGGCAUAUAUGAUGAAUGGAAAUGUAUAUUUAUAGAAAAAAAGCACAAAAUAGAGAAUGAAAAAGUUACAUGGGAUAUCUUUCUCGAACAUGUGAGAGAAACAUCUCCCAGUUUAGCAUGGGACUGUCAAUGCUUUUCCAUCUGCUAUCCUUUCGACUAAUCCCUUUCGGAGGGAGGUGUCAUACAAACCUAUUACCCAAAUAUUGUUCGCUCGCUGGCGACCACGGUUGUAUUUCUUUUUUACCAGCACUGUCUCAUCGACACGCACGAUAACGUCUUCCCCACCUAGCAAACAAGUGAUUUUCCCCAUUUUCCAUGAUGCGAUGUCUCUGCAAUGCUGGUACCACUGAACUGUUGAGACAUGGCUAUUCUCCAUCUCGGCAGCUGCUGCUCUCACAGCCUGUUUCAACACCCAUUAGUUGCAGAUAUACAAAAUCUGGGUUAGGGAGAGAUGCGACCUAGUGAAAGUAAGUUCCUACGAAAUAUUAAAAUUAUCAGCUUACCCUCUUCAGAUGAACAAAACCCAUCAGUUGAUUUGGUAUAGCUUUUUAAAGUAAUGAUACAACCACACAAACAAAUUCGCUCUUUCCGGAGCAACUCAAAUCCAGGAAAUGCUGGAAAACACUAACCUCCUCGAAUUGCAACUGUAGCCUUGUAAGGUCACGCAUUAGAAAUGAAUCAAGCGCUAUACAACAUUGAACUGCGUUCGUGAACCUCAUUGGAUAAUACGACAUCGUUCGUGAAUCUCAUUGGAUAAUUCCCUGAUUGGUAGUUAGUGGUGUCGAAAGUUUAACUUCGCCGGGUUUUAGUAAUUACAAGCCGGGAUCGAGAGCGAAUUUUACGGAUAACAGAAUUAAUUUUAUUUGGACAUAACCUGAGCACAAUGAAUAAUGAAUUUAAUCUUAUAAACAGUAACUCUCCAACCAGUUCUUAUCACUUCGCUUACUUAGUCGGCCAUGACUUUCUCAGCAUAAGGUUAACUAAGAAUAGCUACGUGGGGAAAAUAAUUUAUGCACUUCCUUGAGAUUACUGUCUCUCAUAAUAACCAGUGUUAAUUAGAAGAUGUAUUUUAUGUGGCUCCCUAAUUAUACCUUAUUGAUUAGUCAAUGAAGUUUAACUAUUGAUUUUUUAAAAAUUACUAUAGAGUAACUUUCUUCUCUUAAUAAAGGUAUUCAGAGAUGGAUGAUGACUUCAGUCGUUUACUUACUCAAACGUAUUUACUUGAAGGCGCAUUUGGCCCUAUAAUUGAUUAUCUUCCAAAACUGGCAAGAGAUUUAGGAAGUCUGAAGGAGUCAUUAUGCCUUUUGUCUAAGACUGAUUCGUCGUCGUUCUUCGUACUACCGAAGUCCAACAGAGCGUCAACUGAAACUGAAUUAAACACACUAAUCACUAGUAUGCUUGAAGACUCUUCUGUUAUCGGUCAACUAAUCCGUAAUUUUUAUUGUUCACAUGAAAACAGUGAUUUUGUUAAUUGUUUGAAGUCCGCUGUCAUUGAGGCGAGUGAGCCUACUCAGACAACGAAUUGUGACAUAAGUGAUAUUUUAAUCAAAAAACAAUUGGAUCAUGUGCGCGCUUUUCUCAGCAAUAAUUCAAACCGUCAAUUGAAGGCUAGUAUACCUCAAAAAUGCACAAUACAAACACCUCAUUCAAGAGCCAGUUAUUUAAAUAGUCGUAUUAUGGAGUUGAAGUCCAGAAUAGAAGAUAAGAAAAUAUACCUUUCUGAUGGUAAAGUGGAUACAGCAGAUCUCGAGAGCCUUUUGGCGGAUAAACGAAAAUCAAUAUUACGGUUGCAUGAAAAAUCUGAAAAUCUGUUGUCUAAUUUACCUUCAUUAUGUGAAGAGGUGAAGCAUAUGAAACACGAACUGUCGAAUCAGAUAAAUGAAACAAUCAAUAAAUGUCCAUCUGAUGAUUUAUUGAAAAGGAUACUUCAGAAAAUCAUCAAAAAUGGGGAAUGUUCUGGAAACAGAACCGUCGCCGAGAGAUUGUGUGCCAAUAGUUUAUAUACAGGUUGUUGUCGUUUGUUUGCUUUGGAUGAACAUGAUGUCACGACCCCGAAUAUAAUAUUGAAAUCUAUUCGAAGUCUGGUUCAAGAAUCUUCUUUAGCCCGAGAAGAAUCCGAGUCUCUAGACAAUUUGUUGAUGACUCUUGAAGGAAAUCAAAUUAAUUACAAUAAAGUUCGAGAGGAAGACAAGAAAUCUCAAACAAAGCUUUUAGAGGAUUUUGAUUCCAAUGGGAAAAAACUUGAAGAAGCUAUUAAUGAAACAAAAGAUAUUAUUUGCUUCAUCGAAGAAUAUCUACCUCGGAGCUGAGCUUAACUAUUUUGAAAUAUACAGAAAAAUUUAUUCGCUGUGUUGUAAUUAUUCAUGCUUUCUAGCCUUCUAUAAAAACUGUGUAUGACAAAUACGUGUGUGAUAAGAAUGUCCGAAAUGUGUUGCGCCAAUACAUUACACGUUUCAGAU